AUGUUAUCUGUACGAAAAGUCUCUGGGCCUGAACAAACUGGCGGGCCCCGGCGGAGAGAAUCCCAGGAAACACGAUGGAACAAUCACGCCCCUGUCGACAAGGAUAAUUACAAGAGGGGCACAAUUUUUGGCUGGUUUUGUUUCAAGACGAGAUACGGUAUCGUCAUCGACAACACCACCGAACUUGAGGUCCUAAAGCUCGGCACUUCCGGAGGACGCGGACCGUUAUCGAAGCCCAUACAAGUCCGCGUGGAUUGCUUCGGUCUCAAGAAAGCAGAAGAUGCAGAAUACUACUGCUGGGACGAAGAGCUGGGCAGUAAGGUCGCGUGCACCCCAGAAAAAGGCGUCUAUGACAUAGAAGUAGGUUGCCCAUACCAACCCAAGACGGGCGCCUUUGGAAAUGUCUUAGACGUUAUUCCCCUCCCACAUGAUUCCCGUAUCGAAGUGUGCGGAGAGAUUAGGGAAGACGUCCUCAACGCGAUUCUUAAGAAGCGCAAUCGAAGACUUCUACAGAAACAAAGCACGAGCACCCCCAAAGACAUGUGGAUUGAGGAAUUGGAGGCACGACUGGACAAGGACAAGCACAGUCACCAAGAUAUAGACGACAAGGUCCGCCCAGAGAAGACGAAGCAGGAUCAGCAGCUCAGUCAAAAUCGCCAACAGGGUGCUCAGCUCCAUGACCAAGGCCUACAAGGACGAAGUGUCAAUGGAGGCUCCCGACGCCGAGCCCCCGACAGUGACACUACAAUGAGGACAGCCCCUACCAAGCGCGCAAAGACCGAUACCAGCAUGCUCACACCCGCCCCCGCAAUUCGAGACAGCAGCCAGGCCGAACCAAUCAACGGGCAGCGCAACAGUUCUCGAUGGCGCGGCCCGUCUUACCAGCUUCCGCCUGACCGCGUUAACGGAGCUCGACGCUUUACAGGACCUGGUAGCAACGACGGUAGCAAUCGCCCCCCGCAAAAUGCUCCACGACAACCACGCCGAGGCAACUCACGCCCUAGUCGACGGUCCUCUGGGAGCCGUGAUAACAUCAUUGAGGACCAGGCGCGAGUCAACGGACGUCCAGAGCCGGCCCCAGGCAACGAUAAGUGA